AAAGAGAAACAAACAGAAAAAAACCUUUCAACAAAUAGUUUAUUUUCUCUAUAUUCGAAACGAAUAUCGAGCUAAGUGAUUUGGUUGAAUUGAAAAGCAGCGAGCAAACAUUUUCUCAAAACAAUCUAACGUGAGAUUGUCGUCAUGAGCUACAAUCCAGUGCAGAAUCGAGGCAUGCCUCAACACCAGCAAUACAACAAUUCGCAUCCACAGGAUAUGAUGUCUGCCAAGGAGCAGACUAUGAUGUGGCAGCAGAGUUCGUAUCUCUGCGAUUCUGGUAUCCAAUCGGGAGCGGUGACUCAAGUGCCAUCAUUGAGUGGUCACGAAGAAGAUGACGGAAUGGAAAAUGACCCGUUGAUGUUUGAUAUGGAUCAAGCUGCGUAUACGCAGAACUUCACGCAAGAGCAAGUCGAUGAUAUGAACGCUCAAUUGAGUCAAACUCGUUCGCAACGCGUUCGUGCUGCCAUGUUCCCAGAAACUCUCGAGGAAGGAAUUAACAUUCCAUCGACACAAUUCGAUUCGCAACAGCCGACUGCCGUUCAACGCUUGUCCGAACCAUCGCAGAUGCUUAAACAUGCCGUCGUUAAUUUGAUCAACUAUCAAGACGAUGCCGAUUUGGCCACGCACGCUAUACCCGAAUUGAUUAAGCUUCUGAACGACGAAGACAACUACAAUGUUUCGCACGCCGCCAUGCUGGUGCAUCAGCUAUCGCGCAAAGAAGCUUCCAGACACGCAAUCAUGCAAAGUAAUGCAAUGAUUCAGGCCCUCGUUCAGGCCAUUUCCACCUCGAACGACCUGGAGACGACCAAAGGUGCCGUCGGCACAUUGCAUAAUUUAUCGCACCAUCGCCAAGGCUUACUCGCCAUUUUCAAGAGUGGCGGCAUUCCGGCAUUGGUGAAGCUCUUAUCAUCGCCCAUUGAGUCAGUGCUUUUCUACGCGAUCACCACAUUGCACAAUUUGCUCCUCCAUCAAGAUGGAUCGAAGACGGCCGUCCGUUUGGCUGGUGGCCUACAGAAAAUGGUACAGUUGUUGCAGCGCAACAAUGUCAAAUUCCUGGCAAUCGUCACCGAUUGUCUUCAGAUCCUUGCCUACGGCAAUCAAGAGAGCAAAUUGAUCAUUUUGGCUUCAGGCGGCCCCAAUGAAUUGGUUCGCAUUAUGCGCUCCAACGAUUACGAGAAAUUGUUGUGGACCACAUCACGCGUUCUGAAGGUCCUGUCGGUUUGUUCAAGCAACAAACCAGCAAUUGUCGGAGCUGGUGGUAUGCAAGCAUUGGCCAUGCACUUGAC